GUUCCUCGGCUACAUUGUGCCCGCCUGUCAUCGGGAAUAGUCGAGAAGAGACACCAUGCUAGACGCUGUUGGCUCUCAUCAUAUCGCAAGGGAAAAACUCGGACUACGGCAGUCCAGUCCUGAAGCUACGUUCCCUGCAGUUGCCAUCCAAGCUUCUUCGACAUGCCCAUGUUCCUUGCAUCUCUGCGUACGGUCCGGGAGCUUUCCCAUCUCCUCGAUCACGCAUACAAGACGUGGAAUGAACUGGAGAGGGGGAGUGACUCGGACACGACUUCGCCGUCAUGCUUGUAGCUCUAUUCCUACUUACUAUGGGUACAUUGACGCGCUUGUCGACGGCGAUUCCUGCGUUCCCUGGCGCUGAAGGAUUCGGCGCCGUCGCAAGCGGUGGACGUCACGGCAGCGUCUAUGUUGUCACUAAUUUGAACGAUACUGGCGCCGGUAGCUUUCGUGAUGCUGUAUCAUCUCCCAACCGAAUCGUCGUGUUUGCUGUGGGCGAGUUGCACCAUACUGUUCAUUAUAUUCGAGUUCAUAGCGGUCUGAUUACUAUUGGUGAUCGCAUUGUCGUAUCCCCGAAUGUGACCAUCGCAGGACAAACCGCCCCUGGGCAAGGUAUCACAGUUUACGGCAACGGUUUAUCCUACUCUGGCGCCGACAACACCAUUACGCGAUACAUUCGGUAUCGUAUGGGGACCACCGGUGACGCUGGAAAGGAUGCGAUUACGAUCGCCAACGGCCAAAACAUGAUAUUCGACCAUGUCAGCGUCUCAUGGGGUCGAGACGAGACGUUCUCUAUCAACGGAGAUGUCUCCAAUAUUACUAUAUCGGAUUGCAUCAUCGCACAAGGUCUCGAGACUCACAGUGCCGGUGGUUUGAUACAAACCAGCGGUGGGGUGAGCAUCUUGCGGACUUUGUAUAUCGACAACCAGACCCGGAAUCCAAAGACCAAGGGGGUACAGGAGUACAUCAACAACGUGGUAUAUAACUGGGGAACUGGAGGAGGUUACAUCUGCGGGGACUCGGACGGUCUGUCGGAGGUGAACAUCAUCAACAAUGUCUUCAUCAGUGGGCCGUCGACGGGGAUUGAACCGUUCACCCGUGGCAACCUCAACUUUCAAACUAAUUACUACGAUCCUGAUCAGGAUGGAACGCGCAACGGGUUCAUACUUUCCGAGAACAUCGCCGACUAUUCCAAUGUCUCCUUCCAAGCCAACCCAUACCCAUACCCUGGUGUCGCAAUAUUAUUCUCACCGACAGACGCGCUGUCACAUGUGAUAUCGUCCGCUGGGGCCAGCUUGUCGCGAGAUCAUCUCGACAACUACUUGAUCAACACCGAACUCGGAAGUUUCGGAAAGGUCGGGGAGCUCAUCACGGACCCUACUGCCAGCCCCAUCAAUGGCCCUGGACCAGUCACAGGAGGCACUGCACCGAAAGAUACGGACGGGGAUGGCAUACCCGAUGCAUACGAGAGCGCGCACGGGUUGAAUCCAAGCGUCAACGAUGCCAUGGUGAUCGCUUCUAACGGGUAUGCCAAUAUCGAGAACUACGUCAAUUCACUGGUGUGAGAGACGGAUCAUACGGUGCACAAUAAUUGGAUG